UCUCUCUCUUCUAAAUGUUUGCACCGCUUGAAGAUGUUUUUGAGUUGAUGAAAUCUUAAACACAAACGCGGGUGUUUUUCCGGCUCGCGCGCGUCCAUGGAAGUUUCUUUCUAAUUGCGGCACGAGAUUUUUAUCGUUGGGCGGCAAGGACCAUGCCGAACGUGCAGAGCUCUGCUGCCUUGCUGCUCUGGAGCUUCCUGGCCGGUCUGAGCUUCUCUCUGGACCCGAGAGACCCCAACGUGUGCAGCCUGUGGGAGAGCUUCACCACAUCGGUGAAGGAGUCCUACUCGCAUCCUUAUGACCACGUGACGGAGGAGCCCUGCUCCGACCCCCGGACCUCCUACAGAUGCACGCGCCACAGGAUCACCUACAAGACGGCCUACAGGCAGGCGGUGAAGACGGACUACCGGAAGAGGUUCCAGUGCUGCCCGGGCUACUACGAGAGCAGAGAGAAAUGUGUCCCUCGCUGCACCAAGGAGUGCGUCCACGGCCGCUGUGUCGCUCCGGAUCGCUGCCAGUGCGAGGGAGGCUGGCGAGGCGACGACUGUUCCAGCGCCUGCGACGUCGCCCACUGGGGGCCGGCCUGCAGCCAUCAGUGCCGGUGUGUGAACGGCGCCGCCUGCGACCCGGCCAAGGGGACGUGUCAGUGUCCCCCGGGCUUCGUCGGACGCCUCUGCGAGGGGUCCUGCCCGGACGGCACCUUCGGCACGGGCUGCCUGCAGAGGUGCGAGUGCGGGACGGGCGGGUCGUGUGACGAAGCCAGCGGAGAGUGUUUGUGUCGGGACGGAUUCACGGGGACGUUCUGUGAGAAGCCGUGUGCCAACAAGUGCCAACCGCGAUGCUCCUGCCAGAACGGAGGCAUCUGUAAAGGCAAAGGGAUCUGCGAUUGCCCUCCUGGCUGGACGGGUCCCGUUUGCACGGUGCGAUGUCCAGAGGGAAGGUUUGGACAGAACUGUGCUGAUGAGUGUGUCUGCCACAACAGAGGAAAAUGUGACCCCGAAACCGGACAGUGCCAGUGUGCUGAAGGCUUCACGGGUAACAGGUGCAAUGAGGAGUGCGCUGCAGGCACUUACGGUCAGGACUGCAAAGGCGUGUGCAAGUGCGCCAACGGCGCUCGCUGCUACAACAUCAACGGCGGCUGCCUGUGCGAGCCGGGCUUCAGCGGUCCACACUGCAGGGACAGCAUGUGUCCGCCGGGCCAGUACGGCAUGCACUGCGAGCGCAAGUGUCUCUGCCAGGAGAAGCAGACACUCAGCUGCCACCCGAUGAAAGGAGAGUGCACCUGCCAGCCGGGCUGGGCGGGACUGUUGUGCAACGAGACGUGCGCUCGCGGUUUCUACGGCCCCGGCUGCCUGGAGCCCUGUCUGUGCGUGAACGGGGGGGUGUGCGACGUCGCCACGGGGGGAUGCCAGUGUGCCCCCGGGUAUACGGGGGCUCACUGUGAACAUCUUUGUAAAAGUGGCACCUACGGCAAGAACUGCUCCCUGGAGUGCGCCUGUGAAAACUUUGUCGACUGCUCGCCAAUUGACGGGACUUGCUUCUGCAAAGAAGGCUGGCACGGACCGGAAUGUUCCGCCCCCUGCUCCGAGGGAACCUGGGGCCCGGGAUGCAACACCACCUGCCACUGCGCCAACGGGGCGAAAUGCAGCCCGGCAGACGGGUCCUGCACCUGCACGGCCGGCUGGCAGGGGGCGCGCUGCGACCACUCGUGCCCGAUGGGCACGUUUGGACCGGGCUGCCUGAAGAGGUGUGAUUGCGUUCACGCCGACGGCUGCCAGGCAACCACCGGGGAGUGCCGCUGUCUGCCAGGCUGGUCGGGUCCUCGCUGCAGCGAGCCGUGUUCAGAGGGCCUGUGGGGGCGCCACUGUAACCAGACCUGUUUCAAGCACUGCCCCAACAGCGACACGUGCCUGAGGGAAACUGGGGCGUGCGUGUGUCGCCACGGCUACUGGGGGGUCACCUGCCAGAACAAAUGCAGAGCGGGCAUGUACGGGGACCAGUGCGGCGAGUCGUGCCCGUCCUGCGGCCAGUCGUACCGCUGCCACCACGUGAGCGGAGAGUGCGAUUGCCUCCCUGGACACACCGGACCCGACUGUGAUCAAGUUUGUCCGGUCGGCUACUACGGCAAACAGUGCUCUCAGGUGUGCGUCAACUGUGCCAACAACUCCACGUGCGACCACCGGGACGGUCACUGUGAAUGUCUGCCCGGCUGGACCGCCACCGACUGCUCCAUACCCUGUAGUCCAGGACGCUUCGGUCCAUUCUGCACUCAGACCUGCUCCUGUCCGACCAACCUGGUCUGUGACCGACGCACCGGAGACUGUGUGUGUGGGAGUGAGGGAGAGGACUGUAAGCAAGACUCUGUGAAGUCGGGCAGCGUGAUGGUGCCCCUCCCCCCCGGCGAGAGGGAGUCGUGGGGAGCCAUCAGCGGCAUCGUGGUGCUCGUCCUCUUGGUGGUCCUGCUGCUCGCUCUGCUGCUGCUGUACCGCCGCCGGCAGAGGGACAAGCAGAGCAACACGCCGACCGUGUCCUUCUCCGCCGGCCGCACCGCCGGCUCUGAGUACGCCGUCCCAGAUGUGAUUUGUUUUGGCCCGACAGAUGUUCCUCACAGUUACCACCACUACUACUCCAACCCCAGCUACCACACGCUGAGCCAGAACAGGCCCCCGCUGCCCCACCUCCCCAACAACCACGACCGCACCAUCAAGAACACCAACAACCAGCUGUUCUGCAGCGUGAAGAACAUGGAGCGGGAGAGGCGGGGCCUGUUUGGGGUCGAGAGCAACGCCACGCUGCCUGCAGACUGGAAGCACCACGAGCCGCGCAAAGACUCAGGAGCUUUUGGAAUCGAUCGGAGCUACAGCUACAGCGCCAGCCUGGGCAAAUAUCACCACAAAGAGCUGAAGGACGCGGUGGCGGAGAGCAGCGGCUCUCUGAACAGCGAGAACCCUUACGCCACCAUCAAAGACCUGCCGGGUUUGCCCUUCUGCCCCCCGGAGUGCAGCUACAUGGAGAUGAAGUCCUCGGUGCCCAGGGAGCGAGCGUACACCGAGAUCAGCCCGCCGCCCUUCAGCGCCGCCGCCUUACGCCGAGAGCGUCAGAGUUCCCUCGGCCACGCCCCCUACGAGGACCCCCAGAGCCACUACGACCUCCCGGUGAACAGCCACAUCCCGGGACACUACGACCUGCCCCCUGUCCGCCGGCCCCCCUCCCCCAGGAGAACACCCCAGUGACAGUCACCACCAGCGGAGCAAGUCCCCCCCCCCCCCCGGGACAAUUUCAGGCCUGUGCAAACUUUUAGGCUCUCCUCACAAUCUGAGCUAUGGACCCCCCCCCCUCACGAACACACUGAACUGUUAGCAGUGGAUGCCCCCCCCCAGUCAACUCAACACUGCCUCUCUGUGGGUUUUAAGGGGUACUGGCCUCACCGUGACAGACCUGUCAUCCAGGCCGGGGAGCCAGCGGGCUGCAUGGGGGGGCGCGGAGGGGGGGGGGGGGGCUGCAGGGGACGCCGGCGGACCUCCAACUGCAUCCACAUGUCGUGGGAAAAACCAGCCGGGAGACUUGACACUUAAACGCAGCGCCUGGGGAGUGAUUUAAGGUUUUCACUCCGAUAAACAAACAAGUUCCCCACACGCGUUUUUUUAUAUGUGGGUAUUUUUCUAUUUUUGUUUGUAUCAGGCAGCUUUAGAGGAGUUUAUCACAGCUGGAUUUCCUUUCAACGUGUUCAUUGAAAAGGGACCUUUUUUUAGAGAUGUCCUCCAAUGCAUGUUUGUUUUGUUCAGCCAAAGUCCUGCCAGUCUUCAUCGGAGACAUUAAACGUUUGUUUUGUUUGUGAUUUUCAGAAACCAGGUUGUUUCACCGAUGUGCCAAAGAUGAAUUUCAGCUUUCAUAUCACUGCCUCGUCCUAUAAUGUCUGUUAGAACAAAUGUGGCUCACUUUUUGCUGGUCAUAUGAAACCUUUGUAAAUAUGUAAAUGAAUACAUUAUUCACAGUGAGGGAAAAAACAACCUCAUCUUAGAAUAGUUUAAGGGGUCGGUGACCAAAGGUUGCACACAUUUGCUCACCAAUAGACACAUAAUCAUGUUGAGAAUAAUGAACCAUUAGAUGUGGGAUUACAAACCACAUCAGAGCAGCGCUACGAAUGUCAAGGCAGUGACUUACAGCAGUUUAAGGCUUGUGUGGGAUUUGAAGGGACAGUUAAUCCACAACAAAGAAAUUCACUGACUUUUAAACUUCUUUUUCCCCCAUUUUGGUCGAGUCUUGUGUAGCUUCUAAACAAUUUUAGAAAUGUCAUAAAGCAUUUUGUGUUUAGGCAGAUUAAGUCAAUUAGAUAACAGACGCUGUGCACCAGACAGCACAUUGUGCUUUAAAUAGCUUUGCGUAGAGCGUCAGGGUUCUUUUCAUGUAUCAACAUAUCUGAAUGUAACUAAAGACUAAAGGGAACGUGUGUGUAUAAUGUAAAUAAAAAUGGCUGCACUUUU